AGCGCUAACGUUGUUGCGUCAUCACGAACCCGGAAGUGUCAGAUUCGUAUGAGGAAGUCCGUGUUUAUAAUAUUAUACACCAACAUAACUUAGAGCUAGGAAUCUCUUGAUACUCGUUUUAAUGAAUAGCGGAUACAUUCAAUUGAAUAUGAUGUAAAAAUCAAAGAAUAUAUAGAAUAAAAUGCGAAACGUUACUUAGUCACGUGUUAACACCACCCCGGAAGUGGCGCCAGUCUGCCGGCAACUUCAGUCCGCCGAGCAUCAAAUGUUACAACUCUCUUCUCUACGCACGCUCAGUUAAACGUCGGCGGGUCUUUGACGGUGAAGCGGGGAGGACUAGCAUUAGCACCGGCCGAGCAUCUGUCAUCGUCGUCCUUUCAAGAGAUAUGAUGCUGCUGGUGCUGGGAGUCCUCCUGCUGCUCUUCUGCACCGUGGACGUGUGGUACUUCCUGCGAGGGGCGCAGGUCUUCGUCACAACCUUCUUCCAGCCCAAGAUGAAGGACAUCCUGGCCGAGGGAAGUGUGCCCGGCAUAGUCCUCCCUCACGACGUGGACUACAAAGGCCACAUGAACAACUCCCGCUACCUGAGGGAGUGUGACUUCGCCCGCUUCCACCACAACAUGUGCAACGGCAUCUUCAUGGCCUUGUUCAGGAUGGGGGCCAAGAUGGUGGUGGGGGCCUCCACUAUCCGCUACCGCCGCUCCCUGGCGUUCGGCGAGGCUUUCGAGAUCCGGACCAAAGUGGUGGGAUGGGAUGACAAGGCGUUUUACUUGGAGCAGCGCUUUGUGUCCAAGAAAGAUGGCUUCGUGUCGGCCGUGUUGCUCUGCAAGCAGAGUGUGGUGCGCAGCAGCCCCGAGAGCAUUAUUGACUUUGUCUGCAAAAGGAAGAUUGAAUGCCCUCCGGUUCCAGAUGACCUGAAGCACUGGAUCAGCUUCAUUUCAGCCAACAGUCAAGCCCUGAGAGCCGAGAGUGGCCUGGAGGAGAAGAACAAGUGAUUGAAACCACACUCUCACCUUGUAUCAUCUAUCACAUGUCAUUAGCAGUACACACACAUGGUAAUAUCUAUCUUUGUAGAGGGCCAGUACUCGCCUGUUCCUGCUGGGUAUUUUUUUUGUAUGGUGUGAAAUGGAAUACUAUAUUGUAGAUAAGAUGGUAAUAUGACACAAAUAUGAAUUCCAUGUUUAAAACAUGCACAUUGUGCAUCGUGGAGGUUCUAAAGUACAGAAGUGAAACAAGAGUCUUGCUUAGUUUAGUCGUGGACUUUGGGCAUCUUUGUUAUCAGCGAGUGCAACUUCAGACGAGCAUGCUGUGCAGAAACUUGAAACCCCGCUGAGGUGUGUGCAUGCUUUGAAACGCCGGAAUGAUUAGGACAAAUGAAAUACUUGAACCGACAUCGUUGACAUGCGCACAUUUUAAAUGGUCAGCAUUUUGCAGAAGGCAUAUAGAAUAUGAAAGGGAUCAUUUAGUUUUGCUUUGUUCAUAUAUUCCGAAGCUGGGCUGCUUGAUUGGAGGUGCAUGUUAUCAGGGAAGAAAGUGCAACAAUCAGAACUGAAAGAUGCUGACGAUGUUGCAGGCAACUUUUUCAAAAUGUGCAAUACAUCCUGAAUAUUAAUUAUAGUGUGAGCAAUUAUAAGCUUUAAGCUUUUAAAACUGUAAAAUACCUUAAAAAAUGCAUUACCACUUCAGUUUGUGACCAAAUUAUGGUAUUUAUGGGGAAAUAUUUAAAUAUGAAAGCUUCAGGUGUACUUUUGAAUGUUAUUUAUGUUAAUAAUGCACUGACAGAAAAAUAAUAUCUGUGGUAUUAAGUUUAAAGCAAUGUCCUUUUUAUGUUGUAAGUUAUUUCAUGUUCAUUGUUUUUAAAAGCAUUUUAAAUUAAAAAUGCACCUUAAUCCUGGA